AUGAAGCGUAAAAUUAACGACCUGGACCACCAAAAGGCAGAUUCAGGUAUCACCGAGCAGCAGGUCGGCAUCACGGAGUAUGUAUUCAAGGGCCAGGAUCGGGUGAGUGGGCUGUUGAAGCAACGGUACACCGAUUUCUUGGUCAAUGAGAUCGACCUUGAUGGUAACGUUGUUCACCUGAACGACUUGGGGUUCCCUGAACAGGAGGAGAAGCAGUCCGAGAGCGAGAAGAAGGGAGUGUUUGAAAUUUCGGACGAACAGAGAUCCGAGCUGGAAGAAAUCAUUGGUAAAUCCGAUGUGGAUAAAGUGCUACAGAUUUUCAGUACUGGAGACAAAAUGGUCACCGAAAAGACAUUCGAGAGCAAGGAAGACCGUACAAAACUGCACAGGCUGCUGCGAACAAUCUUCAGAAACAGACUGGAAUCUCUGACCUUGGAAACCAACCAUUUUCAGAUUGGACUUGGAUCGAAAAAUAGCAAGCGCAGAGUCGUCAUUGAACACAACCUGGGCGAACGUAAACGGUACCUUUAUGCCAAUUUGUACAAAGAGAAUAAGGAGACAAUGGAGGUGGCCGGAUUGCUUGCCAAGUUUUUGAAUAUCCCAGUCAAGAACAUCAAGUAUGCAGGAACCAAAGACCGUCGUGGAGUGACAGUCCAGAAAAUAUCCAUCGAGCGUAUUUCCGUGGAGAGAAUCAACAACUUGAACAAGGCUCUGCGUGGAUUUCAAAUUGGUGGGUUUAGCUAUGCCGAUCAACCGCUCAAUCUCGGAGACCUACAGGGAAACGAGUUCAUCAUCACAAUCAAAGAUAUUUCUCUUGCUGACGGAAGCACAGAUAUUCCAAGCCUACAAACCAAGCUCGACCCUGUUUUCGACUCCAUGAAGAAAUACGGAUAUAUCAACUACUUUGGAAUGCAGAGAUUCGGAACGUUUUCCGUGUCUACACACGAAGUUGGAAAAUAUAUUUUGCAAAGCGAAUGGAAGCAGGCUGCUGAGCUUAUCUUAAGCGAGCAAGAAGUCGUUCUGCCAGACUCUGUGGAGGCCAGAAAGAUCUGGAAGGAGACAAAGAACCCUGGAGACGCAUUGAAGAAGAUGCCACGGAGAUGCAGUGCCGAGUUUUCUAUCUUGAGUCGUUUGGAACAUGAUAAGAAGCAAGACGACAGAGAGUACUCGGCCAAUUCCUACUUCAAGGCCAUAAUGGGCAUUCCGAGAAAUUUACGCAUAAUGUACGGACACGCUUACCAAUCUUACGUUUGGAACACAGUUGCUUCCGCUCGGGUCCAGCUUUUUGGACCAACUGUUGUUGUUGGAGAUUUGGUGAUUGACGAUUCAGAACUGGUGGAAAAAGACGAGGAUUUUGAAGAGGAUAUCAAGCAGGAGACGUUUGUUAGGGCCAAGCCUGUAACUCAAGAAGACGUGGACCAAAAAAGAUACACUAUUCACGAUAUUGUUCUUCCUACCCCCGGUUUCGAUGUCAGAUAUCCGGAAAAUAGCCAGCUACGUCAAACUUACGUGGAUGUGAUGUCCAAAGACGGACUCGAUCCUUUUAAGAUGUCCCGACGUGUUCGUGAGUUUUCGUUAGCGGGAUCUUAUCGUCACGUGUUUGCCCAGGUCAAGGGACUCGAAUACAGUUUCCGCCAUUACGAGUCAAAUCUUGAUUCUUUGGUUUAUACAGAUUUGGAGCUUCUGCGGCUACGCGAGGAGGGGAAACAGGUUGAGCGUUUAAAGGAAGCAACGGAAGGUCCAAAGGUGGCCCUGGUGGUGAAAAUGCAACUAGGAGUGUCUGCAUAUGCCACUAUGGCUCUUAGAGAGUUUUUGGAUGGUCAACAGUAG